AGUUCCGCAUUCCUGAGCCCUCACAGACAAGACCAGUACUUAAACGGGCUGAUGCAACGGCUUCACUUAGUCCCAAAACCUACAUCCGACUCCUCACUCCCGCACCGUCACCACUAUUACUGCGGAUUUUUGGACGCACAACAGCGUCCAAACACAGUUGCAUCAUUGACAGAAGACGACUGACAAGUUUCCUCUGACGGCGGUGGUGGCCGUGUCGGACAUGAUGCCGGGACAGAUACCUGACCCUUCGCUGGCGGCAGGCUCCCUGCCCUGCCUGGGCCCGCUGGCGGGCAUCUCGGCCACCACACUCACUGACCAGCUCAAGCUGGCCGACUUCCGCCAGCUGGGUACUAUGCUGUCCCCGCUGCAUUUCCUGGGGAGGCUGGGGAAGAGGCCGCUGGCCAUCAAGACAGAGAUGGAUGAAGACGAGGAAAGGAGGAAACGGAGACGAGAGAAAAACAAGGUAGCAGCAGCCAGAUGCCGAAACAAAAAGAAGGAACGGACUGACUUCCUUCAAAGGGAAUCGGAGCGUCUGGAGAUGGUGAACUCAGACCUGAAGGCCCAGAUCGAGGAGCUCCGUCUGGAGAGGCAGCAGCUAAUGGUGAUGCUCAAUCUCCACCGGCCCACCUGCAUCGUGAGGACCGACAGCGUCAAAACACCCGAGAGCGAGGCCAACCCCCUGCUGGAGCAGCUGUCCACCGACGCCAAAUGAAAACCAGGAAACCAGGGACGUGGAGUCCCUGACGCCCAAACUAGCACCACCAUGGCAGCCAUUUAAGUGAAAACACAACUGCCAAUACAUUUCUAAACAAGCACUUGAGCUCCAAGCUGAAGACUUUAUGGAGACUCUGCCCAAAGACCUGAGGUUGUAGGGCUUCCUUAGUACUGCUACAUGAGCUGGCUCUGUCCAUUGGAAGACUGGAAAUACCCAGAUUCAUCUCCGCAUUAAGUGUUGUUGUUGACACCCGCUGUGCCUAGUUGUUACUUCAACCAUCUCUACAUAAAGGGACCAAUGGAAACAGUAGAGUACGACUGGAAACAACGCUGAGGAAACACACUAAUAUCAAUAUGGUGCUCUGUUACAAAAGCCCUGAGUAGAUUGUGUGGCAUUGUUUCGAUGCAGACGCCCACAAAGGCUUAGUGUUCUGCAGUUUUCCUUUGUAUCCUAGCUGAAAUAUACAGGUGUAGAGUUUUUAGAAUACAAUACUCAAUACAAGUACACCAGACGGAGUAGAGGUUUUUUUUUGUUUUUGUUUUUGUAAUGUUGAUUUCUAUACCCUGCCUCGACGAUGGCAGAUACCGGUUGAUCCGAUUUGUGGUGACGCUGGCGUCAUGAAGAGCACAUAUACACAAAAUGUUUACACCCUCGUUUUUUGGACUUGCCUGUCCAUUAUUGUACUUGUUUUAUACUGCUUUGUAUACAUAAACAUAUAUGAAAUGCUUGUCAAUCA